AUGGGUAGCGACGAAAAACUGAAGACCUCCGUGUCUAUCGCCCCGGCUGAUGUCGAAAGCCAGAAGAACGAAAUCACCACCAUCGUAUCUCCCCACACUGGCAAGCCCAUUCAUUUGACCACCACUGGCGACGAUGCCAUGGAGUAUGUCAUGUCCCACGAUGGCGACAAGGUCGAGCUCGACCCAGAGACAGACCGCAAGUUGGUCCGCAAAAUCGACUUGUACCUCUUGCCGCUCAUUUGUCUCUUGUACUCGGUCCAGUUCAUGGACAAGAUGUCCAACUCCUACGCCGCCGUCAUGGGCUUGAGAGAGGACUUGAAAAUGGAAGGUGACAUGUACGCGUGGACUGGUUCUGCGUUUUAUCUUGGUUACUUGGCCCUUGAAUUCCCCUGUGCAUACACUUUGCAAAGGUUCCCUGUCAUCACCACCGUUUCUAUCUAUAUUAUCAUCUGGGGUAUCAUUUUGAUGUUGCAUGCCGUUCCCAACUACGCCGGUUUCGUAGCCUUGAGAACGCUUCUUGGUGCCUUUGAGUCCUCCGUUACCCCAGCUUUCGUCAUUGUCACUUCUCAGUGGUACAGAAAAGACGAAGUCUUCUUGAGAACUGCCUUGUGGUUCUCCUUCAACGGUCUCGGUCUUGUCAUCGGUUCUGGUGCCGUCGCUUACAAUCUUCACGCCAACAUGGACAGCUACUCGAUCGAUGCCUGGAAGUUGAUCUUCAUAAUCACCGGUGCCAUCACCAUCGCCUUGGGUGUCGUUAUUUUCUUCCAUAUCCCCAACAAGCCCACCGAGGCCUGGUUCCUUAACGACAAGGAGAAGAGCCAGGUUGUCGAGAGAAUCAGAGUCAACCAGCAGGGUUUCGGUAACAAGCACUUCAAAAAAUACCAGCUCAUUGAGGCUCUCACUGACGUCAAGACAUGGCUUUAUUUCUUCCUCGCCGUUGCCAACAACAUCCCCAACGGUGGUCUUACAAACUUUGGGUCCAUUUUGCUUAACGAGGACUUUGGCUACGGUGUGGGUAAAACUCUUCAAAUGCAGAUGAUACCCGGUGCUGUGGAGGUGGUGGGCUGUAUUGGUUUUGCAUACUUGUACAAGUACUACCCCAACAGAUUGUUCUGGGCUACCGCUGUGUCGGUGAUUGUCAUCAUGGCUCUUUGCUUGGUUGCGUUUGUGGAGAACAGACAAGCCCAGUUGGCCGGUUACUGUUUGUUCUACUUGUGUCCACUUGUGAUGAUUUGCGGUUUGUCGUCCUGUGCUUCGAACGUGGCUGGCCACACCAAGAAGGUUACCGUGAAUGCCAUUUUCUUGAUUGGAUACUGUGUGGGUAACUUGGUUGGACCUCAAACUUUCAUUGACUCCCAGGCUCCCGGCUACUCUGGCGCCAAGAUCGCCAUGGUGGUAACCUCUGCCUGUGCAACCUUAAUUAUGAUCGUCAUCUGGAUUCUCAUGGCUCGCGAGAACAAGAGAAGAGACGAACGUGCCACUGACUAUCUAGAAUUCCAGCAGAUCGAAAACCACGAGUUCGCCGACUUGACCGACAUGGAGAACCCAAUGUUCAGGUACACGAUUUAA